ACUUAUAUACGAUCGCACCGUUGUUUUCAUUCUUGUAGGUUGAUAGUGUCGCCUCUGAUAGUGAAAAAUAAACAAACUGCCUUCCGCGACAUUACUUCUGUCACUGUGACUGGUGUUAUAUUUCAUUGAGCGAAUUAACGUAAAGUGGUAAUGUCAUCUUUCAAGCUACACUCGGCGGACUCCGCCUUCAACGACAGAGUAGACGCCCUCUUCAAUUCUCUCCAAACCGUCGCGGUCGACCUCGAUUCACAGUCUCCAGAGAAAAGGCCUUUCGAGGACGACGGUGCUAAUGAUGUCGACGCUGUGGAAAUCCACAGUGGGACAAUCGGUCAUAAGUUCAGAAAGCCCGCCGGGCUUCCGCCGAAGUGGCGAGGACGCGGUUGUGCGGCGAAGAGAUUGUGUGGCCCAAGGAACGAAACUCCAGAUUACGUAAAAAAUCCGCAGAAUUGGACUAGAUACAGCAUGAAAGACACCAAGGUAUCCAGUGACCGGGAGAAUAAGGAGAUAGGGCUCGAACUCUAUGAGGAGUUACGCGCAAGGAAAAUGGAUUCACCGAAGGAAGGAGAGGCGCGAGAAGAUGAGGAAGGCUGUCCGAAAAUCAUAUUCAAGAAACCCGUCAAGCCUGCAGAAGCAGUUCAGGAAACCAGGCCCAGUGAGGCCCCUGAACACUCCCUGGGGCUGGACGAAAACUUCGGAGGAACUAAGAAAUUCCGUAUGCCGGAAUAUCAAGUUGGUCAGAGUAAACCCAAAUGUGAAUUACUAAAAGUGACUGCGGAAAAAGAUGAGAGUGAAAAAAGAAAGACAAAAGAUGCAGUGAGAUUAGAUUACCUUACGUUUGAAGAUGAUGCUGAAGAUGAGGACAAUUAGUAGAUUAGUUCUUUUUAUUGUUGUUACAGUUUGAGGUAAUUGUUUUUGAGUUUGUUACAGUUGGAAGUAGCAGUUUUUGAGGUCAUGUGAAUAUUCUGGGCAGCAGGUGGGUUUAUUAUUAUCUGUACAUUUGUGUGUAUUGUCAUACGUUAAAAGGAUUUUUAAAAUUUUAAAACAAUUGUUUAUUUCUUUUAAUGUGAAAAGAAAUUAAAUUUUGUUGUCUAGGUUUUUUUUAUCUACUGAUUCAUAAGUUUAAAAUUAUAUGAAAAUGUAUGUACAAAUUGAAAAAAUCUCUUGUUAUGUAUAAUGAGAUAUUGAUUAAAAAUACAAUAACCA